UCAAAAUGGAAAAUAUCAUCACAGUACCCACAUUAUUUUGAAACUCAAAAUGAAAAUGUCCAAAAAGAAGGAAUUGAAUACAUAUUCAGAAACUGCCGCCAACAAUUGAAGAAAAUUCCCAAAGCACACAGCCAAAAUUUCAGAAAACAGAAGCAGAUGGCGCCAAAAAUGAAAUGUGCAACAAGAAGAAAAAAUCAAUCAUAACAUUACAAAACAGAAAGCAUAAAUAGACAAUGACAAAGCUCAUUUAUUACACAAUCAACUAAAACAAUGGCUCCUACAAAACAAUUAACUACACAACAAAGAGAAAGCAUAAUGCAGAAGCUACUGUCUGCAUUAAAUAAGAAGGGCAAACCAGCGCUAGGCACAAUCAACGCACUUGCGAUUGAGUUUGAGGUUUGUAGGAAAACAAUUACACGAUUGUGGAAUGAUGUCAAGAAGCAGAUGACAACCAAUACCACAAUCAUUAACCUCAACAGCAAGAGAUGGGGGAAAGAAGCAGCAAACAAAAUAAUGUUUGAUGAAGAAAAAUUUAAGGCAAUCAAAUAUGAACUGAAGGGUACACAGCAUUCAGUAGCAAAGCAAAUGGAAGUGUCACAAUCAACGGUGUGUAGGUGGAAGAGGAACAAAGUAAUAAGAAGGCACACAAACGCAAUCAAACCAGCUUUGAAUGAAAACAACAAGUUACACAGGCAUUUGGCCAUUUAUUACACAGGAGCCAGCAAAAAGAAGCUCAAAGAACAGGAAAAGGGGGGAGAUGGAAACUAAGCCAAUACAGUCAAUCACAAAAGAGCACAUUAGAGAAAUGCUUAUCACUAAUGUGCUGCCAACAAUUAGGGCAAAAUGGCCUGCUGAAUUAUCCAAGCGUAUUUACAUUCAACAAGACAAUGCUAAACCUCAUAUAGCACACAAUGACAGAGGGUUUUUAGAAGAGGCAAUGAAAGAUGGAUUUAAUAUACAAUUAGUGCAACAACCUCCAAAUUCCCCUGACAUGAAUGUGCUAGAUUUAGGUUUUUUUAGAUCAAUUCAAGCUUUGCAAUAUCAAAAAUCAGCUUAUAAUGUUAAAGAGUUGCUUAAGGCUGUGAAUAAUGCAUUUCAAAAUCUGAGUCCACAAUGUUUAAGGUUUGUUUUCAUAACUUUACAAGCUUGUAUGAUAGAGGUCAUGAAAAAACAGGGGGGGUUUGACUAUCACAUUCCUCACAUGAACAAAACAAAGGCAGCUAGGGAAGGGACUUUACCAGAUUACCUCACUAUUGACAAACAAUUGGUUGUGGAUUCACUUCAAUAUUUAUUCACAAAGCUAAGUAAUGAAAAAAUGAAUCAGCUUGUGGAAGUCAUUGGGUAUGCAGGGGGAUAUGAAGAAGGGGAUUUGAAUGUAGAAAUGUCAGAAGUAACCAACAACCAAAGUCAUCAAAUUUCAACAGUUGCAACAGCAACCUUCGUUUAA